GUUGAAAGUUGAGAGAGAAAAAGAAAAGAAAUUAAAGAGGAAGGGAGAGCAAAGGAAAAAGUGGCAGUAACGUGGACUAUACUGUAGUUAGGUUCGGAGUAAGAGGUGAUAUAAAGGCAUACGUCGCAUCCACUUGGUUCAACUUACCUGGAAGAUCGAAGAUCGAACACGACAAGAAAGCCUAAUCGGCUAAAGCUUCACGACACCACGCCACUUCUCCAACAUCAUGUCGGUGAAGUCGGUGUUGGAUACUGACAACUGUUGUAUUGGCCAAGAUAAGAAGAGUAUUAUUCUUCGAUGGCACGUAACAUCAUAAAUUGGCAACAAUCACUGGUAACAUUUACAACCCAAAAAACCAAUGGACUUCUUUUGGUUGAAUAUGACGAAGUAUUGGUAAACACAAGGAAAAAAGUUAAGGAAUCUUCAUCACCCGCUGUCCUGGUUUAUAUCAAUUGUCUUUCACCGGAUACGAUAGUGAUAAAUUUUAUUAUUCUAAUUCUAUAUCGAACGGGAUAUGCCGGCGAAUUUUUGGGAAUCGGUGGACAAUGGAAUCUCAACGAGGAUAAAAACCCUGAUGUUGAGAUCGUUGGAUCAGGUGUUUUCGUAGGAUUUUUUCUGUACACUGGUGUCGUUCUAAUUACUUUUUGUUUUGGUACGACUAAUCACAAAAAAAGUCUCGUCGACAUUAUCAUGAACUUUCUAGGCCUCUGUAUGUUCCUCGCUGUUGGCGGCACAGCUCUACACUAUUGGCAUGGAUAUCAGCCAGAGCAUAAAUUUGAAUAUUUAGUACCGGAAAAAGAGGUUGGAUUGGCUCUUGGUUCGCUAUGUAUUUUAGAAGGAGUAUUAUAUCUUUUGGAUUUACUAUUAAGCGUUCGGCAUUUGACGAAAGAAGAAUAUGAUUAACGCGUUCAUUAGAUAUUAAGUGAAUAUUUUGUAUUGAAAGUUAAUCCAUUCCAUAGAUACAUUAAAGACGAUUAAUCAUACUGUCAUAAAAUGACUUCACUCGUCAUUGUACUAAUUCGAGUCAUUCACAUUGAAAUACAUAUUUUAUUACAUUUUAUAGUAAAUAAAGUAACUAACGUGGACAAUGGCAAAAUUAAUUAUUAUAAAAUAAUUAUUAUUAAGACAGAUUGUGUACGAAGAAAUUAUCGAUUCUUUGUAUUAGUGUGCAUGUGACUUGUUAAUUAUUAUAAUUUUUAAAUAAUUAUUUGCUGCAAAAUCAUUUUCCGCAGUCUCUAAUGUUAAUAAUUGAAAUGUAUCGUUUUGUAAUAAUAAAAUAAUUAAAUUAA